ACACAUCUGUCGUAUAUUCUACCAAGCAAAGCAUUUAUGUUACAUCCAAAUGAAUUAUAAUUAAAUUGCGUAUUUGGAAAUUUGGAAAACAUAUAAGAAUGCGACAUUACAAUUAUCUGAUUGUUCAAAAAACUAAAUGAAUUACUCAAAAUCAAUUCAUCUUUAUGCUGUAGACGAUUUAACUCAGUUAAAAUUACUGUCUUGAUUUAAAAUUUACGAGUGAACAAUUAAUUUGACUAACGAUAUUUGCGAUACCCUAGAUGCAUGGUUUGGUUUGACAUGGUUAAUAAUGUCCAAUCUACCCAAAAUUCCUUGCACUCAAAGCGACUGGAAAACGAUCGACAUUUUUAUAUUCAACAACGGACAAGAAUUUACGCCACCCAGAAAAUAUCACCUCCAAAGCGAGGAGCUAAACUGGUGGAACACUACGUUGAAGUCUUUAGCUAAAUCACAGUAUGGAUCUUUAUAUUCAAUGAUUGAUUUGUAUACGGUACAAGGCGUGAAAAUAGAAAACCCCCUACGACUAUCCAACGGAGCUGCUUAUGUUGCUGUGAAGCCCAAAGACUCGUUUGUAAAUACCGGUUAUGAAAAAUAUCUAGUUAAAGCUUCGAGGUCUUGGGAAAAAAGUCAGGCAAGAAAAAAUGGUCGUAUUGAAAAUAAAACAGAAGAUAUAGACGUGCUUGUUAUUUUUCCAGAAAAUAAUAUUUCUAAUGACCUGUGUGAAGAACGGAAAAUUGACUCUGUUGAAAACGUCAAAAUAAUAAAUGAUAGUAAAUACACAACAAAGGUUUAUCUAAAUAACUUAAAAAAUGGAACCAAUACAGGGAAACCAAAUCAGAAUAAAAUAAUAAUGAAGUUAAAACGGGCAAAUCCAGCAUCACGUUUAUUAGCUAAAAAUAACAGUGUAAAUAACAAAAGAGAUGUUUUAAAUAUAUUGAAAAGAAACUCUAAGUUACCCAUACAAUCCUUUGAAAGGGGGUUCAUACUGGCUAAUUGUAAUAAGAAUCAGGUAAACAAAUUAAGAGCAAUUAAAAACCUCAACAAAAAUAAAACUGCUGAAGUACCUCUAAUUGACCACAUGUCUACUCAAGAUAAAACUACAUCUACAACUCAAUUAAUGAAUAUUAGUAACAAGAGCUUGAUGACAGACGACAAUUUAGCAAAUGAAGAAUAUAACAUUGGAAAAGACAAAUCACAAAAUUUUAACAACAAUAAAAACAUCCAAAUACCAUCUGGACUUGAAAUCGAUAAAGAAGAAAAUGUUGAACACCGUGGAAAAACAAUGGCAAAAUCUAACAGCUUAGAUACAUCGAACGGCCAAUCGUAUAAAGAAGCUAUCACAGAUCUUAAAGUGGCAUCUACUAGUCUUAUUCUCAGAAAGCCCGACAUUCCUAAUCACAAAUCUAGUAUAGAGAGUGUUAAUGCAGAUUACAAGCCAAAUAUUGAGUAUGUAACUUACGACCCUAGAGUCAAUUUGGAGCCCCUUCAACGUAAAUGUUUAUCGAACAAUCCAACAGCAGUUAUAGAGCAAGGUUCCCAAACUAAUCUGAAUGCAAUUAUUUUUCAAGACACACCGAAAGCUAAUAUGAAUGUUGAAAAAGUAUUAACAGAACAUAAUUCCCAUUUUGUUGUUUGUGAAUAUAUCCUUGCUGUUCCACAGAACUCGAAUGCUUGCUUUUGUGGCAAUAACAAGAAGUAUAUUAUUCUAUUGCCGAGGAAUAAAAAUUUUACUGAAUGUCAAUCUAACAUCUAUGAAGAAUCUCAACAAACUAUGCCAGCCAAAAACUCAGUACAAAAUUUAAAUGAUCUUAAAAAUAAUGAAACAAGCAUACAUCAAAUAAACAUUACUGAGCCCAAAAAUGAAGAUAUACCUACAGAAGAUACACAAGUGAUCAAACAGAAUAACAAAUCAUCUGUACCUAUUAAUAAUGAAAUACAUUUUAAGGAUACAACCAUGACCGACAAACAUAUUUUUCAAAAUCCUUUAAGUAUAUGUACACAAACUCAAUGGUGUGGUGUAUUGUUGGAAUCUAAAUGUCACGAAGACGGACGAUAUUCAUUACAUUUUCCUGCUUUGGACAUUAUAAAGCGCUUUACAAAUAAAACAUAAUAUUUUGUAAUAAUUUGUCAUUAGAGAAUUAAAAUGAGGAUAAUAUAUAUUGGUAUGGCUAUAAAAGAAGCACUACUGAAUGUAAAAAAGUCGAAACAGGCAUCUCCUGCAGUACCUGGAAUGAAAUGUGGAAUUGGUAAGAAAUUAUGACGUAGGCACUUCUGAAGAAUUAAAUGUUUGGUGAAAUGAAUAAGAAACUUUAUUGCUGAUACAAAGUCAACUGACUGUUUUGAAGUCAUCGUGGCUUAAAAUUUAAUACGCCCAGUUUACUCAUAUCGAGCGAUGAACCAUGUCGGUGUUCAAAUCCCGCAGGCAGAUACCGAUUUUUUAAAAAAUUGAAAUAUGUGCUUUUGUCAUCUUCACGAAUGAAUUCCAAAAUUAAUAUGUAACAUCAUGCAAUAAAAUCAAAGUGGCAAAAAUUACAA